CGGGGUGGGGGGGAGGGGGCCGAGCGGAGGCGCCAGAGCAAGAUGGCGGCGCGAGUGCUGCGGUCCCUGGGAGCGGCCGCGCCCCCCCGCCUGCGGCCGGCCCUCAGGGGCCUGACAACCUCUACUAACAGAUCUCGUGAAGAUAGUUGGUUAAAAUCUUUAUUUGUCCGGAAAGUUGACCCAAGAAAAGAUGCUCAUUCCAAUCUCCUAGCCAAAAAGGAAACAAGCAGUCUGUACAAAAUACAGUUUCACAAUGUGAAGCCGGAAUGCCUAGAAGCAUACAACAAAAUUUGUCAAGAGGUGCUGCCAAAGAUUCAUGAAGAAAAACACUAUCCUUGUACCUUGGUGGGAACUUGGAAUACUUGGUACGGGGAGCAAGAUCAGGCUGUCCACCUCUGGAGAUAUGAGGGAGGCUACCCAGCCCUCAAUGAGGUCAUGAGUAAGCUCAGAGAAAAUAAGGAAUUUGUGGCCUUCCGGAAGGAAAGAGGCAACAUGCUGCUUUCUCGAAAGAACCAGUUGCUGUUAGAGUUCAGUUUCUGGAAUGAACCUGUCCCCAGACCAGGGCCUAAUAUAUAUGAACUCAGGUCUUACCAACUUAGACCAGGAACAAUGAUCGAAUGGGGCAACUAUUGGGCUCGUGCAAUUCGUUUUAGACAGGACAACGAGGAAGCAGUUGGAGGGUUUUUCUCUCAGAUUGGGCAGUUAUAUAUGGUACAUCAUCUUUGGGCUUACAAAGACCUGCAGUCCAGGGAAGACACCCGGAAUGCAGCAUGGCAUAAACACGGCUGGGAAGAAUUGGUUUAUUAUACAGUGCCCCUAAUUCAGGAAAUGGAGUCAAGAAUCAUGAUACCCCUGAAGAUUUCACCCCUCAAGUAAAGUUGGAAUUAAUUGUCAUGUGCCUACAUAGAUUUCAGUGACAAGUAUUUGUCUUAAAUUAAUUUUAUGGUAUACAUUGUAUAUCAUGGUGAGAAAGAAACAUUGAAAUAGAAAACUGCUGUAUGUAGCUUAUUAGAGAGACCUCUUUUCUUUAGAUUCUAAAUGUUCAUGUAAAAAUUAAUUACAGAAGAAAAUUGGCUCCUUCUAACAGUGCUCCGUGGUCUUUGUGAAAUAUCACUGUUUUGAUCCGACGUAUCUUCCCCGAGCCCGGUGGGGAAAAGAGGAAAUAGACUACAAUCUCAAUCAUUUCCUAAUAGGAACCCAAUCAUGAAAGCAAUUUGUUCAUAUUUAUUUAUGAUAAACAAAUCCACUGAAAAAUUACAGGGUUUAGAUUAAUUCCCUUCCUGUUGCAGGAAGAGCUCUGGACUCUGGUCUUUCCUGCCUAAUUCUAGUAUGGUUACUCCAGCAGUUUUUCUGAUUAUGGAACUAGGAACAAAGCAUGAAGGUGUGUACUCAGUCCCUGAAAACGCUCUAAUCUCUUCUCUGUAAUCAGUUGUGAAUCCUAGGAGACACGGCCAGUCUUAUAGCGGCUGAGACGUACACUUGAGCAAGAAUUCAGUUUUGAUAAAGCGUUACAAUGAUGUCCAUAGGGAAAAAAAAAAUCACUGCAUCGAACCUCUUCUUUGAACUGCAUGAUCUCUAGUUUUGAAAUAAACACCUUGAAGAGCACUGGUUUUUUUUAAAAAAUAUUUUUCUAUAAUGAAACGCAUAGCACUAGGAAAAGAGGUUUUAUUUUAUAAGCAAUCACGUGUGACCUCAGAUGCAUUUUCUGAGUCAAUAUUUUAAUAAACAUACAGCAGAUCUUUCUGAGGCCAUGUGAAGGUGGUGCAUGUUAAGACAUUAAGAUUGACAUACAGCAGAGUGCUCUGUCCAGUUCCGUCUGAUUUCAUUUUUGAAUGUAGUGUACCAAUUUUGUUCGUGUCUGUAAUAAUGUGGAAGUCCUAUUGAAAUGAACAUUUUGUCCGACCCAGAGUUAAAAAAAUUGCUGUGUGAAAAACAGUGUAUACAAAUCUCUUCCCGGAUGUCCAACUUGUACAUGUCAAUGCUUUUCUGCAAAAGCAUAUCAAGUUAAUAAAAUCCUUUUAAUUUUCA